AUGAAAUUAGAGGCGAAAAUACCGGUAGUGAAUUACCAGAGGACGAAUUGUUCUAAAUUAUUGAAAUUAACAGAUAAAUUAUUCAAUGAUAAUGUAUUUGAACAAUAUUUAACGCCUCAACAAUUAGUAGUUUUAGAAUAUAUCCUAUCAUUGUCUGACCAGGAGAAAAAAGCUCAAAUUUGGGAUGCUUUAAUGAAUGGAAAUAUCUCAUUGAAUGUCGCAAUAUCAUCCUUCGUAACUACCCCAAAUAAUAACGACAAUGAGAACAAUAAUGAAACCCUGCAUACCAAUACUAGUAGUGCUGCAGUUUCUACACCUCAUACACCAGCUAGUAAUAAUGUUAGUAACAAUAAUGAAAAAUUACAAAAUGAUCAAGAUGAAUUGUCGAAACUUGAUUUAGAAGAAUUAAAACAACAUAUUAAUGGAGACCAGUUCAUUGGAAACCUUUCCUUAAAGGUUAGGUACGUUCUUUGGCAAUGUGCAAUUGAUGCUACUUAUGAUGAUCCGCAAGAUGAUGACCUUCCCUUUGAAGAAUCUAGAAACCCUUUAGAUUAUGUUUUAUUAGAUAUGGAUUCAGAUAAUGAAGAAGAAAAAAACAAUACUAGUUCCCAAAAUAUAACAGAUUUUAAAAGGCUUCAAAAAGAAGACGAAGAGGAGGAGGACAAUUAUGAUAUUGAUGAAGAUGAAGAUGAAGAUGGAGACGAAGAUGGAGACAAACAACUUGCGGAGCAAAGCAAAGGAAAUAAAAAUAUCAAUGAGGAUAGGGAAAACGGUUUAGAUGUUGAUUUGAAAAUUAAUGAUAAUAACCAACUGAUCCUAACUCUUAACAUUUCAAAAUCAACAUUAUCAAAACUACGAACGAGUAAUAUAGAAAGAAUAAUGAACACUUGGAACAAAGUAUAUCAUAAUUUUGAAUAUGAUAAGGAAACAAUGUUGAAACGACUGAAGUUACAAGAAAACGAUGACUUGCUCGAAAGUUCGAAGAAAAAAAGGAGCCAUGAAGAAAUUGAAGAUGAAUCAAAUGAUCUAAACAAUAGAGGAACGAACUCAGAAGCUAUAACAAUAAAAAAUGAAAAUGAUGGAGGAGACGUCACUGAAAAGGAUAACCAAUAUGUUGACAAUAAAAGACCUAAACAAGAAAGUGUAAGUUUACCAGUAAACUUGGGAAUUGCAAAUCUUUCUUUAAAACAUCUAUUGACCUCUAUUCAGCAAAAUAAAUCUAAAUUAAAUAUAUCAGAUUAUGAAUUGAAACAUCUAAUUGUAGAUGUUAGAAAAAAUAGAUCUAAAUGGACUUCAGAUGAAAGAAUUGGUCAAGAGGAACUGUACGAAGCUUGUGAAAAAGUUGUUUUAGAAUUAAGGAAUUAUACUGAACAUUCAACGCCAUUCCUCAAUAAAGUCAGUAAAAGAGAGGCCCCUAAUUAUCAUUUGGUUAUCAAAAAGUCUAUGGAUUUGAAUACAGUAUUGAAAAAGUUGAAAACCUUCCAAUAUGAAUCGAAACAAGAAUUCGUCGACGAUAUUAUGUUAAUAUGGAAAAAUUGUCUGACUUAUAAUUCAGAUCCGAGCCAUUUCUUAAGAGCACACGCUAUUGCAAUGCAAAAGAAAUCCUUAAAUUUGAUACCCAUGAUUCCUGAUAUUACUAUAAGGAAUAGAGCAGAUGUGGAAAAGGAAAUUGAGGGGAAUGAGAAAGAUAAAGAUUAUGAAGAAGAAGAAGAAGUUGCUGGUUCUGGGAGAAAGGGUUUAAACAUGGGAGCUCAUAUGUUAACAAAAAACAACACACAACUUCCAAAUGGUACCGAAACCACAAUGACUAAUGAAACUGAAGAGGAAACCAAUGAUGAACAAUUGCCUGCCAACAGUCAUUUAGAAAAAGAUAUUUCCUCCACUUCUUCCAGUAAAGUCGAAGACAAACUCAACAACAAAGUGGAUGAAACAAGGAAAGAAGAAGAUGGGGUGGAAGAGGAAAAUGAAAAUGAGGCAGAAGAGGACGAAGAAGAUGAAGACGAAGAUGAAACGGAUACUCAUUUAUAUAUAGCAGAAAAAGAUGAUGACCGUGAUGAUGUCGAAUUAUAUACAUGGAAGUCUUCCACUGCAACUGUGCGUGCUGAAAUAUGUCUAAAACGAUCUGAAUAUUUCAAAGAUGGUAAACUAAAUAUAGAUGCAGGUGCCUUCUUGAAGGACUCCCAAAAGAUGAAAUAUUUUCAACAACUCUUUGAAGAAUACAAGGAACAGAAACGUCAAGAAGCAUAUAGACAAAAACUAGAACAGGAUUCUAUAAUGAAAAAUGGAUUUGGAACUGUAAUCAAACAAGAACAUGAAGAGAACAACAUGCUUGAUCAACAAGGCCAAAGUAAUGGGAGUGAGACAAAGACUCUUUUUGAAAAAGGCGGUACCGAAAUUGAGAUGGACAAUACAAUGUUCCUCCAGGAAUAUGAUGCAAGCAACUCUAUCCCUGAAAUUGGUUUUAAAGGUAUAAGCUCUGAGAUAUUGAAUAAACAGGAAGAUGUAGCGGUGAAACUUCUAUUGACCUCCGAUACUAGGAAAGAAAGUAGCCUAUUAGCCAACAAAGAUCAUGGAUUAACUCCAAAGCUUAAUAAAAACAUUUUAUUGAUUCAACAGAUUAGGCAUAUAUGCCAUAAAAUAUCUUUGAUUAGAUUACUACAAAAUCCCUCGUUUUUACAAAACUCCAAAAAUGCCAAUGCUAAUGCGCUCCUAAACUCACAUCAAUACAAAUUUUCCAAUAUCGAUAAUUCUGUGGAUUUAGAUCCAAUUUCACAACUGCCGAAUCAUGACUAUAAGACUAAUAAAAAUGUAAUGUGGAAAGUGUUACAUAAGAAUGUCUCGAAACUUGCCAUGACGAAUGGUUUUGAAAGUUCACAACCUGCAGCUCUUAAUAUGCUUACUGAGAUUGCUGGCGAUUACUUAUCCAACUUAGUCAAAACGAUUAAAAUUCAUCACGAGACAAAUUCCCUUAAUACAAUCAAAGGAAGUGUCAAUUUACAAAUGUCAUUAUUAGAAAAUGGUAUUAACAGGCCUGAUGAUUUAUAUACUUACAUAGAGCGAGAAUUCCAUAAGAAGACGAAGAAGUUAAGUGACUUAAAGGUCAAAUUAGAAAAAUUUCUGAAGGAUUUAUUACGCCCCUCGUUACAAGAAUUAUCGGAACGUAAUUUUGAAGAUGAAAGUCAAAGUUUCUUGACUGGUGAUUUUGCGUCAGAGCUUACUGGAGAAGAUUUCUUUGGUUUUAAAGAGUUGGGUUUAGAGAAAGAGUUUGGUGUCUUAACUUCGUCAGUACCAUUACAAUUACUAACUUCCCAAUUCCAAACCGCUGGUGAUGUGGCUAAGGUUCAAGACAAGAAGAUUCAAGAAGAAGAAUUGAAUGGAAUUACUUAUUCUAGACUCACCAAGAGUCAACUUGAUAAUAAUUCCUGCUGGGGUACUUUGAUGCCAUUACUGAAAAUUGCAUACUCCAAAUCCAAAAAUUACUCAUUGAAACCUACUAAGAUAAAUGGAAAUGGAGAGGAGCCUUCAAAUGUAGACACAGAUUCUGGAGAUUAUGUUAUAUUAGAAGAUGAUGAUAUGAUUCUGAAGACCAAAUUAGGUACAAAGGUAAGGCUACCGCCAACUGGUAAAAUCAGUGCAAUCUACAGAAAGAGACCAGUCGCAGAUGCAUUCUUCCUUCCUGAAGACGAAGGAAAGACCCAAGAAGCUCAAGUAACGGAAGAUGGCGAACCACCUGAGGAAGAAGAAAAUAUGAUGCCUUCUAAACCCGAUUUGUUACAAGAUUCACUAAUGUUUGGGACUCCUGUUCAGAAUGGUUUUGGAAUUGAGGAGGAGUUUUCUAACUUUGAUAAUAGUAGUAAUUCCUUCAGCCUAAGCCUGCCGAAACUUGAACAUUAA